AUGCGGGAUAGCUCCCUUAAGCGCUCCCUCGGGGUGGACCUCACCCGCUCCCUCAAAGAGUCACGCGUUCUGCUUGUCGGCGCAGGCGGCAUCGGCUGCGAGCUACUGAAAAACCUCGUCCUCACCGGGUUCGGCGAAAUCCACAUCAUCGACCUCGACACCAUUGAUUUGAGUAAUCUCAAUCGUCAGUUCCUGUUUCGACAUGAGCAUAUUAAGAAAUCAAAGGCCUUAGUUGCUAAGGAAGUUGCGCAAAAGUUCCGGUCUGAUGCAAAGCUCGAGGCCUACCAUGCGAACAUUAUGGACGCCCAGUUCAACGUCUCGUGGUUCGGGUCCUUCAACGUCGUGUUUAAUGCGCUAGACAACAUUGCCGCGAGACGUCAUGUGAACAAGAUGUGCCUUACGGCCAAUGUACCCUUGAUAGAAAGUGGAACUACUGGCUUCAAUGGGCAGGUUCAAGUCAUUCAGAAGUCGCAAACCGAGUGCUAUGAUUGCACACCGAAAGAAACCCCCAAGUCGUUCCCCGUGUGUACGAUCCGAAGCAACCCAAGCCAGCCGAUUCAUUGUAUCGUUUGGGCAAAGAGCUUCCUUUUGCCGGAACUUUUCGGCGAUAGCGAAGACGAGGCACCGGAGGUGGACAAUACAGAAAAUCCUGAUAACGCAAAUGAAAUUGCAGACCUACGCAAGGAAGCACUAGAGCUCAAAGAGUUGCGACAAUCUAUUGGCACCGAGGAAGCCCAUCAGAAGGUCUUUGAUAAAGUUUUUCGAAGAGACAUUAUGCGAUUACAGGGCAUGAAGGAAAUGUGGAAGGAAAGGGAGCUACCAGAACCCCUUGACUUUGCUCGACUACAAGAAGAAUCCGCUUCGAUUGCUUCGACGAUCUCCACGCAGGACCAGAAAGUGUGGACAUUAGGGGAGAAUUUUAGUGUGUUCAGGGACAGCUUGAACCGGUUGACCCAUCGUCUGAAGCAACUUCAAGAAAAGAACGCCUCAGACCAAGAUUCCCCGAUCCUAACAUUCGAUAAAGAUGAUGUAGACACUUUGGACUUUGUUACCGCAGCAGCAAAUCUCCGAGCUGCUUCCUUCCAAGUCGAACUCAAGUCCAAAUUCGAUGUCAAGCAAAUGGCGGGCAAUAUCAUUCCUGCCAUUGCAACCACCAAUGCCAUGACGGCUGGACUAUGUGUUCUUCAGUCAUUGAAGGUGUUUCAAAACGACAUAAUGCAUACCAAAAUGAUUUUCCUCGAGAGAUCUGGUGCUCGUGUGAUCAACUCAGACUCAUUAAACCCCCCAAAUCCUGACUGUGCUGUCUGUUCCCCCGCAGUGGCUCGGGUUGAAAUUGACCCCGAGCUAGCAACUCUUGAACACCUCAUCCAGGGCGUUCUUCUGGCGGAGCUGGGUUAUGGAGAAGAGGUUGCUAUUACUUUUGGCAAUCAACUGAUCUAUGACGCCGACUUCACCGACAACCUGGUAAAAAGGUUGUCUGACCUAGGCAUCAAGAAUGAGAGCAUCGUCACGAUCCUCGAUGAAAAUGAACCAGACACGCGAGUCAAUCUUGAGUUGGUGAUCAUUGAGAGAAAUGAGCCAUCUUCUAAGGACUCCAAGCCCGCAACACUGCAGAAGUUGGUUGAGAUACCCCUGAAGCCCGAGCAAGCGAAGCCCGAGCAGCCUGUGCAGCCAUCUACAGAUGAUCCGACUGUGACUGGGAAGCGCAAGCGUGAGGGCUCAAGUGACGAGGUGGAGCUCAGCAGCCACGAUGCUAAACGGCUCGCCAGUGCAUCCGUUCCUGACUCGAAGGGCAUUGAAGCUAUUGUUCUUGACGACGAUGCCAACGAUGAAGAGGGAGGUGCCAUCAUGAUCGACGAUUGA